CAACCCAGGCAUCGAACUCUUGUGUCUCCUGCAUUGGCCGGUGGGUUCUUUACCACUGCCACCCGGGAGCGCCGCACUUUUGCCUCAUCCCUCAGGGCCCAGACUCGGUGACAACAGACAUCUGAGUGAAGGAGAGUAUGUGGGGGAGGUGAGUGCAGUGAGGAAGCCGGCGAUGGCGCGGUGACUGGUCCUCACCCGGCCGAACCCGUGAUGCCAGUGGCCACCCUGACAACACACAACCGGGGCUAUCGCCGCCGCUAAGCGCUGUGACACAGUCCAGCCCCACCCAGCUCCCAGGCGGGUUCCUCCUGGGUAGCUCUACCACUUCGGUUGGAGAGAAGAGUCCACAUUACUGUGUCUUCCUUGACCCUUCAGCCACCUCAGGAAAGCAGUGGGAUCAACUCCCCUUCUGGCGAUCAACUGCCUUUCCUCUGCCCUCAUGCAUGGCCGGCCCUGUUCUCAUACACAGAGGUUGGCUUAUGUUUAUUAAUAGGACAUUAAAGACAUGGCACUUAGAGUCACAUUUUACAAGAGGGUGGCCUGCAGAACUGAGACCGGGCUUUCCAGCGCCUUCCCUUCCCCUACAACAGGAGUGAUCCAUCAUAGUGUUUCCCAAAGCACAGAAUAACUGGAUGUGCAGUUUCAGCAGGCGCGCGUCUCCCCCACCCGACUGUGUCCCAGGGCCACACUCCCUCCAUCUGGUUGUGCUCAGUCCAAUCCGCCGCCAGGGGGCGCUUGAGUGCAGCCCGCUCCGGCCUUCCGGCAGCAAGGCUCAGCUGCGCGCCCUCCUCCUGGCUGAUGCGACGUUUCUAUGGCAGCCACGGGCAUCAAACUUUGGCUGGCCAGUGCACCUGAGGCACCAGGGCAAGGUGAAGAUAUUUGCUCCUAAUGCUGAGCAGAUGCACAUCAUUAAUCACUUGAAAGAGAGCCCAGCAGAAGAGAGGAGAAAUGUGCUGGAGGAAAGUGCCAGGAGGGCCAGUGAGGAUGCACUAGACUUGGCAGACCUGAAGUUCAGUGAGCUCGGUGCUGUCAGCGUGACUGGCAGUUUUGGGGUGGCCCAGAACUGCACUGUCAACAGUUCUGUGAAGGACACUUCACGCCUUCCACUGUGCUAAGAAGCCCACGAGCUGGUGCUGCAUUGCCCUGCGCAGGCAGCUGAAACCUUCCUGCUUGUGAAGUCACAGUGGGUCAGGAUAAUAUUGGGGAUGGAGGGGGAGAAAAGGAUGAAAAGCUUCCUGUCGGGUAAGCACUUUCCUAUUUCCCUUCCUCCGGAUGAGUAUAAAUGUAGCUGCUUUUCUGAUAGCUUAAUGAAUUAUCUUUCCUUACCGGUCUGCGGUAUUUGGUGAUUGGCAUUAAUGUGGGGGUGGACAUAGCAAGGGACUGUAGUUUAAAGUGAUAAGACCAGGUGGCGUUGAAUCACGGAGAAGAUGUAUUCUUACAAAAUGCUCUGGCUUAGUCUAUAAGAAGAAAAUUUCAGGAUAGCAACUCUCUUGUAUGAUAUCAUCCAGCUGCAUGGCUCCAGUUGCGCUUACUUGAAUUGUUUCCUCUUGGUCCUAGUACAUAAAGCCUUCCUUUCUCUUACUAACUGGCUAGUUCAUUGAAGCCUCACGUUGGAACGGAUUCCUUAUGUGAACAGUGCCUGUGAGCUUUUGUUCUGGAUACUGCUGUGUUUGAGAGGUCAUUGCGAGCUAUAAUUUUAACUCUCUUCACAGCCAUGCUAUCAGGUGCCUAAGAAACAUUUCUCCCACUUGGUUAGAUCUCCUCUUCUAAUAGGUUUGCUGAUGCAGACCCAGCAGAAGCCUGGAUGCAAGCACAGCUGUUGGGAUGUGAGAGGAUCCUUCAGGAUACAGCCAACAAAAUGGCUCAGACGUGCGCCUAGGUGGCGUGGCCCCUCGCAUGAAAACUGUGAUGGAAUAGGACAAAUGAGGGGGCUGUUUUAUCAUGUGUUUGAACAGUGAUACCUCUCUAGUAUUUAGAAGAACUUGUUCAAGGAGAACUAUUUUUAGCUCCAAACAGUUGCAUCACACGCUUUACUAAUUGAUUAUAGGCACUUUCAAUGUGAUCUUGACUCAAAAGAUGAAAUAGCUGUCAUUGAAUUAUCCAGCUAUCCUUGGUUUUUUGACAAGCAUGUUGUCAUUUUUUUUUUUUCAUUUGUUAAAGUUGGAAGCAGUGUUUUCCUGCCAUGUUUUAUGAGGAUGGGCAUCGGACUGGUCCACAGGCUUUAUUCUGAACCUCCAGGUUGGCGUCUGGGAACUUGGCACUUGACCCCUUCCCUAACUGAUAAAGAUGAUUCACUUUGCCUAGACUGUGCAAACAAUGUGAUUAUGCUGAACACCUGCUUUCCUUCUUGGAGUUUGGAAUUGUGGUUGUUAUUGGGCAGAGGAUACUUUCAUGACCUUAUCAGAACCUUGGGUGGUAAGUCCCUGCCCAGGGAAGACAUGUGAAACACACUUUACCGCCCUCUUCUCUGCUGGAGAAAGAGGCACAUUCAUGCAGCUCCUCACUGGAGAGAAGGAACCUUGAAAUCCUGUGCAGGGGAUUCUCCAGACUCUGCCUGUGUCUUUGUCUCUUGUCGAUCUUAUCAUGUAUCCUUUCACGAUAGUAAACCUUAGCCAUGAGCACAGCCUUGUGCCGGGCCCAUGAGUUCUUUCGGUGCGCACUUGAAUGUACUUCAAGUGAAAGUGUUAGUCGCUCAGUCGUGUCCGACUCUUUGUGAACCUGUGGACUGUAGCCCGCCAGGCUCCUCUGUCCAUGGAGUUCUCCAGGCAAGAAUAGUGGAGUGGGG